AUGCUCGCCUCACUUGUCCUCUUCGCCAUCGGUGUCCUCGCCCAGAGCUCCCAGGACCCCGUCUCGUCCGCGACCUCUGUCGCCUCGGUUCUCGCCAGCGAGUCAGCUCUCCCCACCGAGACUGGCUCGGCCUCUGGCGCUGAGACCCCCGCGUCCGAGUCCGCCGCUACCCCCACGGCGUCCGAGUCACAGAACGCCGUCGAGUCCGCCACAUCGGCCAUCGCGUCCGCCAUCAGCUCCAUUACCGGCAGCCACAGUGGCAGCGAGGCUAGCGCCGCGGAAUCUUCUCCUGCUGCGACGCCUACGGCCGCGGCCGGCUCGGUCGGCAUCAACGCCGCGCUGGCUGUCGGAGCCCUCGGCAUCGCUGCCCUCGUCUAG